CCGACCCCCCGCAGGAGCCACCUGCUGACCAAGCUGCAGGCAGGUACCACAACGCUGUCAUCCGUCGCCUUCGUCAGAUUGAGAGCCUCGAUCUGCUUCCUGGCCUGAAGGAGUAUGACAGGAUUGCACUCGUCGCAGCUGGCUUUGCACGGCUAGACAGUGUGGCGAACAGCUUGUGUUUUCCUGCCUCCCUGAGAGGCAAGAUGUCGGAGGCGAGAUGGUACCGACUCCACAAACAGGCCAAGUCGAUCAGGUCGCUUGAGGAACCCAAGAAAGUAUCGUGCGUAAGCUUAUGCAUCAUCGACGUUGUCUUCGUCAAAUCCACGGGUGAUUACACAUUUUGUUGCAUGCAGCGCGGGUAUAGCGACUCCCAGGGCGUGAUGCUGUGGAACGAUUUCAAGACGUUUUGGAGCCACGUCUUCCGCAGUAAUCACGGCGCCAUCGGAUUACUUUGGGGACGAGGUGCGGGUGCACUUGCUUCGUUGCGCCGAGGCUGCUGGCCACGGCCAGCUUGA